UCUUAAUAUGCAUGUAACCAGCUGGAACACAACAUGAUUCGGCUUUAAGUGUUGUUUCCGCAGACAUUAACAAUAUCACUGAAUCUAAUUUGAAGAAUCACGGCAAGGGACCGCAGCUGAGUGGGAUUCCACACUUUUUGUGGGGGAACUAAUUGACGUAUUACAUCCGAGGCUUGAUCUACACACUGAUUUGUCAUCACUAACUGGAAGGAACAAACACUUGGAAGAAGAUGAUGAUUGCUCUGGGUCUUGGUUUUUUGUCUCUACUCUUCCGUCUUGACCCAGUAGAGAGUCAGUUUCCUCGCGUUUGCUGCACGGUGGAGGGGAUCCUGUCCAAGCAAUGCUGCCCUGCUCUGGGAUCGGAUCCGGCCAACAUAUGUGGCUCCCUGACAGGGAGAGGAAGCUGUGCCACCGUACGGGUCGACUCCAAACCCUGGGGAGGACCAUACAGACUCAGAAAUGUGGAUGACAGGGAGAGGUGGCCCACUAAAUUCUUUAACCAGACCUGCAGAUGUACAGGUAACUUUGCAGGUUAUGACUGUGGCCAGUGUAAGUUUGGUUGGACUGGUCCAAACUGCGACCAGAGAAAAUCUCCAGUUGUACGGAAGGACAUCCACUCCUUGACUCCUGAGGAGCUUCAGGAAUUUCUGAACGUUCUGGAUCAGGCUAAGACCACCAUCCAUCCUGAUUACGUCAUCGCCACGCAGCACUGGUUAGGCCUGCUGGGACCAAACGGGACCGAGCCACAGUUCGCCAACGUCUCCAUCUACGACUUCUUUGUCUGGCAGCAUUACUACUCAGUCAGAGACACUCUUCUUGGUCCGGGUCGUCCAUUUAAAGCCAUAGAUUUCUCCCACAAAGGUCCGGCAUUCAUUACCUGGCACAGGUACCACCUUCUGAGCCUUGAAAGAGAGCUUCAGAGACUGACAGGCAAUGAAAACUUUGCGAUCCCCUACUGGAACUUUGCAACGGGGCAGAGUGAGUGUGACGUUUGCACAGAUUCUCUCCUGGGGGGUCGAAACCCAGACAACCCCUCCCUCAUCAGUAACCAGUCCAGAUUCUCCAGAUGGGGGGUGAUCUGCAACAGCUUGGAUGACUACAACCGCCUGGUGACUCUUUGCAACGGCACAAAUGAGGGUUUGAUCCAGAGAGGCGUGAUGGAGAGAGCCAACACAUCUCUGCCCACCAUGACUGACGUCAGAAGCUGUCUAGGAAUCCGAGACUUUGACAGUCCUCCUUACUUCACCAACUCUUCCUUUAGCUUCAGAAAUGCUCUUGAGGGCUAUGAGAAGCCAGAUGGGGAGCUGGACGAUACCGUCAACAACCUUCACAACUUGGUCCACUCUUUGCUCAACGGAACCAGCAGCUUGUCUCACUCUGCAGCCAACGAUCCUAUCUUCCUGGUGCUCCAUGCAUUCACGGAUGCCAUUUUUGACGAGUGGAUGCGUAGAUUCGUUCCAUCCAACUCCACCUUCCCAGAUGAAAUGGCUCCCAUUGGACACAACAGGGACUACAACAUGGUUCCCUUCUUCCCUCCCAUCACCAACGAGGAGAUUUAUGUCACGUCAGAUCAACUUGGAUACUCCUAUGCCAUUUCCCUGGAUGAUGCAGAUGGAGGCUCACCUGCAUUCGUCCUGGGCUCCACAUUAGGAGGCGUCUUCGUCGGUCUCCUGGUGCUUCUCCUCAUUUUAGUGCUCUACUUGCGUCAGCGGAGAAACAAAGGCUUUGAACCUCUGAUAAAAGCAGAUUUCACCAACAGGAAGUACACAGAGGAAGCCUAGCUGUUCCUGGAAAGCACUUCAAACUGACCUCAGUGUGAUGGAGACUUCCGUCUACAUCUUAGGAUCGAGAAAAUUCUCGACAGCCAGUAAGGAAUUCCAAUUACAUGACAGAACAAACGUUUGAAUAAUUUACCUGAGAUUUUUGUACGACAAAAGAUUCUUUUCACAAAAAUGUUACCUUAUGUUUAAUCUUUAUCACUAUUAUGUGUCUUUUUCAAACUCCUCACAAACAGAAGUCUAUUGAAAAGUUUUGAAUAACAAUUUAUUUCCAAGAACAGUAACAAAACAUGAAUGCAAUCAUCGUAAUUGCACCGAAAAAACAGUAAGGCAUAUAUUGAGUCCACAAACUCAUCCGACUUUAAGUUUGCAAUCACUUCCAAAAAACCAGUUUAGAUUUGAUACAACAAUGUUUUUUUCAAACAUUUUAUUGCAAAAAUAUUAAAAGUUUAAUGAUACAAAACAUAAAAAGGGCAUCCUGUGAGGUCAAUAGUCAUAAUAAAGAAUCAUUUUCAGUGAAAUAUGUGUUUGCUCAGUAUUUUUUGUUUUUGUUCUUGCAGUUUGGAUGUAAAUGCAUUUAAUAAAAGAAAAGCUGAACAAAUGACAUAAUACAGGCUAAUUGUGUGGCUGUGAAAGCUUAGCUGACCAGGGAGUUACAAACCUGACGGGCUCUCAGAGAACAGUGAAUGUACAUAGUACAGGCGCUCCUCAGCAGUGCCAGGCCACUCACACUCUCUGUAAGUGCGCUCUACUGAAGCAUUCAGCCCUGUCCAGUCCCCACAGAUUCUCAUUUCACAGGUGAAUGUGGUCGGCUUCAAGCCCGUCUGUGCUGCAGACAUAACCAUUCAAGCUUUCCAGAUAAAUUCAGGGACUCUUUCUUAGCAUUUCCACCAACCAAUACAUGUGCUGGUUCCUGCUGUCUCCAAAAAAUACCCCCACCCCCCCUAAAACAACCAAAAUGCAUUUAUUCUUUUUUAAAAUGUUAUUUUAACAUGACUUAAUACUGUUAAAGUUUAUUCAAACAGAUAGUUUAGGCAUUUUAACGUUGGUUUCUGUGGAAAAGUGACAAACUAUUAAUAUUUUACCUGCUUUAGAUAGCUCCAAGAAUAGCCUGAGUUUAAUUCAAGCCAACAGCUAGCCCCAGCAGGCCUAGCUCUCUUGUAAGUGCCUCCCAAAUGUCAUGAUAUUUUUUUUAUGCCGCUAUGAAUUCUGGAUUCUUAUUUAACUUUCUGGUGAUUUUUAGCAUUAAUUAGCAGCCUAGCUAACUAUGUGUAGCACCCAAAAUGUGGCCGUUGGGUCCUGAUAAUGAUAUAAAUGAAGGAUUUUAACACUGGACUGAACCAAUUGAAAAUUUUAAGAGGUGAAUUUUAAAUGUAAGGACUGAAAAUGAAAUAAAUAAACUAAUAAAUAAAGUUUUGCUCUUCUACUUCACAAAAAA